GGGAGGUGGAGGUCUGUGCAGAGCAGAGGGAUUGUGACAGAGCUGGAGGUAGGUCAGAAUGGUUGCCUGGUGCUGCCUAGGAGACGGUUAAGGUGGGGGCCUGGGCCCAAGGUUUGGUAGGCAAGAGGGCAGGUGGGUGCAAUGUUUCUUCUUUUGAUGUGUCCUUGUCUCCACCUCAGGGACCUGGACGAUCUGCCUUUUGAGACAAGGUUGUUGAUGUCCUGUGCCCCCGGUGGACCCUGCUUCUUGUGAUGUGGGGCAGCAUCCACCUGAAUGCUCUUCACCACGGAGCCCAAGAUUUUGGAAGGAAGCCCUUCUCCUCUCCUAUCUCAAUAUGAGACCAUCGGUCCAUGGGCAGUAGUCUUUCCUGGUGUCACAACUUCCCGUGUGCUCUUGGUUCUGGGACACCACCACCCCACUGCUCUAGCAGGUCCGGGGUCAGCCUUGGAGGCCCCUUCUUUGCUCGCCGCCUUGACCUGGAAGCUUGGGUCAGCAGACCUAAGGCCAUCCUGGCAGCUGUACUGCUCACCCUGUGUUAUUCUAAGUAAAGUUUCCCCUGGGAGCAAGUUAGAAUUCUCUACUGCAGACCUACCCAGCAGUUUACAUUUGAACAUCAUUCUUCAGGGAUUCAUAAAAUAUUUAUACAAAGAUCAAGAUCGUUAUCCAUUAAAAGUUCACAUUUUAAGUAUUCGGCCUCCAGAUUUCUGUCCUCAAAUUCCUGCCUUGAUUUCCUUCCACAGUAGACUGUCACCUGUAAGCCAAAUAAACCCUUUCCCAGAAUUGUUUUGGUCUGUGCUUUCUCACAGCAGUAGAGAAACAAGCUACCACACCAGGGAACCAUUUUGCCACUGUUCUCCAGGCUCUGCAUUGGCAUUUUGUUUUCUUGUUAUACAUUUUAUUCUUUAAGACAAUAUUUAAAUUCAUAUUUUGAUCAUGAUUUCCCCAUCCCACAAGUCCUUCCAAAUCCUCUACCCUUCCCUACCCAUCCAACUUUAAAUUCUUUCUCAAAACAAACAAAUAAACAAAUAAAUAAACAAAAACCAAUUCUUAGAAAGUAUGUAGUUAUACUUGGUUUCAAUUUUAUGGCUUUAUUUUGAGAAGAUACUAAUUUUAGAUUGCCACUUUUUCUAACAUACUGUAUUUCAUCAUCAUUAUUUCCACAAGUAUCUUAUUUUUAAACUUUUGUUUCAGUAGAGCUAAAGCUUAUCAGAAAUUUGCUCUUAUUUAUAAAUCCCUUUAAUUUGUUAAAUGAGUCCUCUUUACGUACUUUAAGAAGGAAUUGCGUUUUAAUGAGAGACAGAAAGUGAGUGGAUUAGGAUGGGAUGAAGGUUGGGAGAAAAAUGGGAGAAGAAGAGGGUGGGGAAAUCUUAAUCAGGAUAUAUUAUAUGAAAAAAUGGUUUCAAUAAAAUAAAGGAUGAAAAAAAGGAAAAAAAAAGACAACACACACAGAUGGGCUGAAACACUGAAGAGGUGAUGUUCCUAAAAUGAAUCCUAAUCACUUUAUCGUCUGUCUCCAGUACUGUAGAUUCUU